UGUUGCUACUGUAGUUUGGAGUCGGCAAGACUCAGAACUGCUUAUACCGUCGUACAUAUACCGGACUGAAACUUUUUUUUUUAAAAAACAUUUCCAUUCCAACACUUUAUGUAAACUUGUGUAUAUACUGUCUCCCCUUUUUUUUUAAAGACAAAAACAAGAUGGAACUUAAUUCCCUUCUAAUUCUGCUGGAGGCUGCAGAAUACUUGGAGAGAAGAGACAGAGAGGCGGAGCACGGCUACGCCUCGGUUUUACCCUACAGCAGCGACUUCUCCAGGAAGAAGACGAAAAGCUCGCCGAUCAGCAGAAAAAGUCCCAACAAUAGGUCGUCGCACAACGAGCUGGAGAAGCACAGACGCGCCAAACUCCGGCUGUACUUGGAGCAGCUGAAGAAGCUGGUGCCUUUGGGUCCAGACAGUACCAGACACACCACACUGAGCUUGCUGAAAAGGGCCAAGAUGCACAUCAAGAAGCUGGAAGAGCAGGACAGGAAGGCUUUAAACAUGAAGGAGCAGCUGCAGAGAGAGCACCGCUACCUCAAACGUCGCCUGGAGCAGCUCUCUGUGUCCGGAUCCGUGGAACGCAUCCGCACGGACAGCAUGGGCUCCACCAUCUCCUCCGACUCGGAGCAAGAGGUCGACAUCGAGGGUAUGGAGUUCACCCCUGUGGAGGUGGACAGCGUGGGGAGCAUCAGUGACCCCGAGGGAGAGGAGGUGGAGGAUGAAGAGGAGGAGGAGGAAGAGGAGGAGGAGGACCACUACGGCCUCCAGAGCAGCUCCAGCGACACCAGCUACACGGCCCCACAUUCCCACAGACUGCAGCCACACCACUGUUAGACUUCCCGUGGCCCGACGAUCCAGUUUCUACAACGCCGCCGCCAUCGUGGCUGUGCGCACCCCCGCGAGCCACAUCAGAUCAGCCCACAAAGGGCGCCACCAGACGAAUACCACUCAAGCCUUCCCUAGCUGGCCCCACCUCAACCUGUUCUAUCCUGUCCCAACCGGCCAAUUAAAACAACAACAACAACAACAACAACAACCCACCAAGCAACUAACCAACAGCGACCCAGCAAGCGAGCGGCGUCUUUGCCAUGUUAGCUGCGGGCUCGCAGACAGCAGCGGGGGACUUUUGUGGUGAGAUGGAUAGCUUUAACUUGUACAUCAGGAUUUGGGAAUCUGCGCGUACGUCUGCGUGUUCGUGAGUCAGACGGCAAAAAAAAAACAAAAAAAAAAACCUCCGUGUGUCAUCGCCGCGUGGCGAUGGACACAAAGACAAAGGCCUUAAAGUAUGCAAAUCACCUGCGUCAGUUUCCGCGGCCCCGUGCGCAACUUUAGGACCUCGUGAGCCCGCCGGGCGAGCAAAAAAUCGGCAGCGGGAGGGAAGAGCAAGCCGGCGCCGCGUUCAGGAAACGCUUUCGCUGAGCACCGGAGAGGUGACGGGCAACCACUUAGCCUGCUUCUCCAAUAUCACGACAAGCCCCCGUCAAAUGUCUUGGAAAUUGUACUUGUAUUUAACCAGCGCUUAGUCAGAGCCGAAGCGCCAGUUGUGUUCAGAAUAAUCGCAGCAGUUUGACGAAAGGAAAAAGUAAUACAAGCUUAAAUCCUUGUACUGUAGGGCGGGUCCCCGGUUCACAGCGGAGUUCCGUUCUUCCGACAGCGACGUAACCCAAAGUCGCAACGGAAUCCAGCCUGGCACCAACCUUUGCAGUAGCAAAAAGUAGUAAAGACGUAAUUACAGUAAAACCCUUCUUGGCUGUCCAAUUCCGCGCUGUCCUCAUUUGUCCGAUUCUGGAUGAUCGCACGCUUUUUUCGGAGCUAGCGCGGCUUCGUCGGUUCACAACGGACUUCUGUUAUCAAGGAGGCCCGAAUUUGUCAGUAGUACUAUUUAGUCUAUCUGUAAUGUCAGAAUUAUUGAAAACACUUGAAUGAAAAGCACUUCCAGGCUGAACAUAUAAAAGAUUCAAAUAAUGUACAGGAAGUGCGACGCAAAUUGACGUGAGUGCGUUUUCGUACGCCUCUGCGUAAACUACUUGAUUUCAUGUUUGUGAAUUGGUACUGUAAUUCCCAGCCUACAAGCCGUGACUUUUUUUCACAGCCGCCACUCUAGUUAAUGUUAGCGUCCCCACGUUAGCAUUAGCACCACCGCGCUAGCGUUAGCACCGCCGUGUUAGCGUUACCACCGCCGCGUUAGCAUUAGCACCGCUGCGCGAGCGUGGCCAUGCUAGCGUUAAACUCUUUCUGUGUACCGAGGUUUAUCACUAGGUGGGCUCUGUAGGCCGGGAAUUAUUGUAAUAAGUUCUAUUCCCAUACGCUAAAAUGUUCCGGGGACUCUGCACAUUUCAAACAUUCUACUUCAUAUUAAAUGAGAAAAAGGAUCUAAUGUGUAACUCCUUCAGGGAAGCUGAAGGAAGAAAAAAAAAUAGCUGUAACUUUUCUUUCAAGAAUGCGAGUGCUUUGCGUCUGUGUCACGUGGAUCGGACCGAUUUUAAUAUUCUGCCACUAUCCUGAACACAGCUGUCGUACACAAAUCAUGACCCGAAUAGCAUAAAAGUACUUUUGGAACAUUUUAGAAAGUCAAGAAACACCAAUCCAGUCGCCUCGAUCGAACCUUGGGCGAUUACUAUGACCCAUGCUGUUAUUUUCCGUUUUUGUUCAUUUUUAAUGCUGUUCUGACAGUAACCUGAAAAACGAUUUGCCGAAAUGAUUGUGAGGCGAACCAUAUUUGGGAAACGGCCCCAUUGGGCCCGCCUGUGGGCGCUAAAGUGAGCUGCGUCGCGUCGGGCUCGCCGUCUCCGAAUCAAGCAGCGACGGGCCUACAAAAACAAGCCGGUGCGGAGUCGCAGAGCUGCCGCGGAGAACACUAGCGACUCGACGGUGUAUCGUUCCAAUUUUUAUUUGUAAUUUUUUUUGGGUUGGGUCGCCUCACCACUCCUCCACACUACUGACCACUACACUAUAAGACCUUAAGCUGUGGAUGGACUACUAUGGGAUUUUUUUUUUAUUUUUGGCAACUCUAUCGUCUCAGUAGCGAAGCGAUGUAGCAGAGCAUUUGGGGGAGAGGGGGGGGGGGGGGGGCGCUUCCUCCGACCGACUCUUUCCAAUGGUUCCGGUUGGACCGCAAACAAAAAUUCAAAUACGCCUAAUCUUCUUACCAACUGUCAGAAUCAGCAGCUCUGUCACCGUUGAGAUUUUUAUUUAUAUUAUUAUUGUUGUUUUUUUUUUUUUUA